UCCUGUUGGAAAAACUUUUCUGUUGUCCAGCAUGUUUCAGAACAACUUGUACUUUUUUGUUUGCUCAGACAAUAGUCAUCAGUUUGAAACAGCUAUAUUUGCUGAACUGUCGAGGGUCGGAAACAUUAUACGAAGGGUCUUAUUGACGAUUUUGUUUCGUUUGGAGUGGAGAAUGUUUAUAAAAACCUUUUUCCCUAUGACAAGAUUUUGUCCCGAAACAUGUCGCCCAAUUUCAAGCAUUCUUAAAUUUGUUCUUGAGAUAGAGGCGACAAAAUGAGUAGAAGCGACUAACAUGCUAAGCGGUCAGUCGCAACUCAGCUUGCUUCCUUUCCCCCAAGGUGUCUGUGAUCCCCUUUACUUUACUGUGCUACUUCACAAAAUGUUGAGAAGUGUCUCCAAUUUUGCUUCAUGGAAUGUAACUAUGUCCUUGUUCUCGGAUACAAAGCUUCCAGUGAAGACGAUGAAGACGAAGUGAUAAGUCCGUCGGAGGAUACCACAAAGCCAUUUGGUUACGAUGAGAACAAGCCCGAGGGAGGGGAGGAUGAGGAGAUGGUUGGUCGCUAUUUCGAAACUCUAGGUACCAGUUCUCCAGCGCAAAAAGCGGACGAGCAAGUCACAGAGCCGCCGCCCCUGGACACGGAUCGGCUGAUGCGGACCAGGCUGAGUAUCUCGGCCAGAUUUUUGUCGCGUUCGCACCAACCUGGAAGGAUUGGUGUAAUAUCGACAAACCUUGAUGAAGAGAAAGGAGAAAAUUAUCAUUCAGAUGAUUCCAAACAGGAUCUGCAAAGGCGUAAAGAAGAAAUGGCGCAGGCUGUGGAGGCUACUCGUAAACGACUCGAAGCUCUGGGAUGGAAAGCUAAGGAAGACAUAUUGAAGAAGAUGCCAGUCAACAGUGCGACAUCAACAGCAACUAUAACCUCCGUCUCUUCUGUAUCCAGCACAACUGUCAUUUCUUAUUCUAAAAGCACAACAAUUUCAUCCAACUCCGGAUCAUCUCCAAGCACUGCAGCUGAAGAGCCUGCCUCCAAAACUAGUACUGUGUUAUCGUCUGUCUCGACUACACACACUUCAUCCGUGAGUGCUACCUCAAAAACCAGCACCGUCACCACAUCUAUGUCGUUUACACCCACUACAGUCGUUAAUUCUGCGUCUGGCUCUGGUAAAAACGGAGACAGUACACCCGUGUCUGCAUUAACAGAGUCAAGCAGUAAGCCUUCCGUCAUAACUAACCUGCUUGAGACGCGAUUAGCAGAUGUCCAAGAGAACUGCAAGGAGGAACGGAAGGAUCAGUCGGCUAAGAAAGAUAUUCCUGAGUCGAAGAAAGAUAAUGUCUCAAAGGCUGACGAUACCGAGAAAUCCAAGCGUACUGCGUCCAAUCUGAUUGCGUUUUUCAGUCAGUCAAAGUCAUCUAAAAACAAAGACAAGGAAAAAGAAAACUCGAAAGAAAAAGAGAGAGCAAAAUCGAAGGAAAAAGACAAAGAGAAGGGAAGAGCCACACCCCCACUGGUCAAGGAGAUAUCUGAUUUAAAAUCUACCUCCGGGGGUAAACUUGAACGGCGGGGCUCUGAGGGAAAAUCAUGGCGAAAAUCGCUGGGAAUUCUAGGGGGAAGUUCCAAGCAUGACAAAGAAGACAAACAUAAAAGGCAUUCUGAACCCAGAUCUUCAACCCCACCUGACAUGUUGUCGAAAAACGCGCUUAAACAAAACGAGAGGGAGGACAAAUUGAAUAAGAAACCAACUGAGCCUCGUUCGUCCACACCGCCUGUUGACAAACAAAUGAAGAAUUCCCAGCCAGCGAAACACCACGAAAGCACUUUAAAAACUGUAAAAGAAGAAAAAGAAAAAAAGUCACCCACUAAACCACAGCCUGAGCGGCGAUCGUCUAAUACGUCAUCCGAGCUGGCGGGAAAAACUUCUCAGCCGCCUGGCGCUAAAACAAACGAGACUUCUUUGACUACUUCGUCCAGAAAUGCUCCUUUAAGAGAGAAGAAAGGACGGGUUUCUAGUGAGGAGAGACGAGAAAAAUCGCGGUCGUUAGGUGACAUAGGUAGCAGACUACACAAAGUAGAAGAAGUGUCUAUUUUAGAUCCGAGUGUGCCGCCAUCUAGAACUGUUGAUACUAUGGAUAUACCGAAUCAAAUAAAAACAGCUGAAAAACGACCCAAGUCAAGCGCCGGUAUUUUGGAGACAACCCCACCUCAGACGAAA